CUAUCACAGUGGCUAGAUCAACGUUAAAAUACAUACGACUGUUGUUUUCACUCGCCAAUAUUAUGAAAUCGCAAUUGUGGUGUAAUUGAGGUACGGCGUUGGCUACUGAGAAUACUUUAACCUCAAAUAUUUUAUCGGGUUAUAUUUAUCUGAAAUCGAAAUACAGUGUUGGAUACUCGGAGUGUUUAACCUCAAAUAUUUUCUUAGUGUACAUCGUGCAAAAUUUCAGUGAGUACAUACAACCAAGGAGGUUAUGGAAAACAAUAGUUACGUAGUUAGCGUGAAGGAAGAGCCUAGUGAUACUUGGUCGAAUGCAGGUGACAAUUACGUUUCCGAUUUGGUGGAUUCUUGCAAAGCCGAAAAUUUGGAAACAUUACCAUUUCAUAAAUCAUCGACAAAAUACGUAAACGAUGCUGUGGUAUUACGGGAGAGGUUAGAUGAAAAAAUAUUCAUAGAUAUUGAGUGCAAAUACGUAAAAUUUGAUCUGUCUUUUCUAUCGACAACUGUCUGCAAAACUGAGGAUCAAAGUUUUCAAUCUAGUGUAAAUAUAAAAAACAAAAAUCCUAUUAAAGAUAUUAAUGAAAAGAGCCCAAUAAUUUUGAUAACAAAAGGAUUCAAUUAUGAUAGUAAUUGCCAAUUAAAUGUUAAUCUUUGUUCGAAUCCACCUAAACGUAAUAAUAUGCUAAAAUUUUUUGAGAGAACUGUUCAAAAGAAAUCAUUAUGUACAAGAAAAACUUGUCAGAAAACUGAUAAAAGAAAAGAAAGUUUUGAAAAGCAUACAAAUUCAAUAUUUGAAAGAACCAGACUGUAUAAAUGUAAAUUUGAUAAUGUACCAUUUUCCGGCAAAAAUAACCUCAGAACUCAUGUAAAUGCAGUACAUCAUCGUAUCAAACCCUUCGAGUGUGAGAUUUGUCACAAAUCAUUUGGUCAAAAACCACACCUCAAACGUCAUGUGAACACAGUACACAAUCGGUGCAAACCCUUCGAGUGUGGAAUUUGUCACAAAUCAUUUGGUUACAAGGAUAAUCUCAAGAAACAUAUAAAUACAGUACACAUUCGGAGCAAACCCUUUGAAUGUGAUAUUUGCCAUAAAUCAUUUGGACUAAAAUAUACUCUAAAAGAUCACAUAAAUACUAAACAUAAUCUGAUUAAACGCUUCGAAUGCGAUAUUUGUCAGAAAUCAUUUGGUCAAAAACCACACCUUCAACGUCAUGUGAACACAAUACACAAUCGGAGCAAACCCUUUGAAUGUGAUAUUUGCCAUAAAUCAUACGGAUCUAAGUAUCAUCUGCAAAGACAUAGAAUGACUGUACAUUAUCGUAGCAAACUCUUUGAAUGUGAUAUUUGUCACAAAUCAUUUGGACAAAAAAGUAGCCUCAAAUCUCACAUAGAUGAGGUACAUAAUCGGAGCAAAUCCUUUGAAUGUGACAUUUGUCGUAAUUCACAUAGCCGCAAGUAUAAUCUCAAAAAUCACAUAAAUACAGUACAUGAUCGGAUCAAAGCCUUUGAUUGUGGUAUAUGUCACAAAUUAUUUUCAUCCAAAGCUUACGUCAAUAAGCACAUUAAUGUAGUUCAUGAUCGUAUCGAAAAGUUGGAAUGUGAGAUUUGACACAUAUCAUUUAAUCAAAAAAGUACCCUCAAAUCUCACAUAAAUUCAGUGCAUGAAUGUAUCAAACCUUAUGAGUGUGAUGUAUGUCAGAAAUCAUUUAGACUCAAGGAUCACAUCAAAUCUCAUAUAAAUGCAGUACAUAUGCGUAGAAAACCCUUUGAAUGUGGAAUUUGUUACAAAUUAUUUCGUCGCAACGAUA